AUGUACUCCUCGACGAACGCACCCGCGCAGCAGGCGGCAUACAUGCCCGAGAACAAUUUUGCCAUGGGCGGCCUGUCGAAGGGUUUCUUCGAGCCUCGCCCAAGGAGGGAGGAUGAACAUCGUCCCAAUCGCCAUAGCCCUCUUCGUGCCGGUGGCGUUGUUCGCUGGCGUGUUCGCGUUGAUGUCCUUCUCCCUGCACUACACGCAGUCGACGCUGACCACCAUAUUCGUCAUCCUGUGCUUCUUGCCGGUGCUCUGGACUGGGUUCUACGCCGCCCAGCAGGUGAGGAAAAGAGCCAUUGGAGUCGGCCGGGAGUCCACAUGGUACAUCUUCUUGUUCAUAUCGUUGCUCGUCGCAUGGAGCUGUGGGUACAUCUUCGGGAGUACCAACUACUCGUCAUAAGGGAGACCCCUUACUAUAACGUCAACAAUUUGAUGACGUACACAUCAAUCGAUCCGUCGGCAUAUAGAGGACAACAGCUCAUGGAUGCUGGCCGAGUCGUCUUCACGUCCGACUCAGCGUUGAACACUAAUUAUCUGGGACCGGCGGAUUUUUCUGGCUUCAGGAAUGCCGAGAUGUAUUGCGUUGCGCCCAUCGUCACCCAGGUGAACGGCACAUACAAGAAGCAGGACACCUACGACUUCUGGGCCGUCGGCACGGAGUGCUGCACCAGCAAGAGCUUCCUGUGUGGUGACUACAACAACGCCAACGCGCACGGCGGCCUACGGCUGACGAGCGACAGCGAUCGCGCGUUCUACAGGCUGGCAGUUCAACAAGCCGAGGCGGCGUUCCACAUCAAGGCCGUCCACCCCUUGUUCUUCACCUGGACACAGGACCAUACUGACCCGAUCGGGUCGACCAACGAUUAUUUGAACGACGCCAUCCAGUACUUCAUCACAGGCGUGUUCAUUUUCUUCGUCGUGCAGUUGUUCACGGUUGCCUGCGCUGUGAUCGUGUUCUCCAGGCUUGGCAGUUUGUGA